AUUCUCGCCAACCGGGGCUGAUCGCUCAGAUGGACGCCCAGCGGCUCGGGUCAUAUACCCUGAGGGUCACGAAUGGUAUCACGUUGGCGGGUUAGCAUGAAUCUAAUUCAGAGUUCCGACUUCGCCCCGCGUGAUGGAGUCUGUACCGCUCGGUCUCUUCGAUGGGUUCUUGCAUCAUUUGCCUCUCAUAAGGCUUUCCCUUUCCUCUUCUCGAUCUGAACCGUUAUUUUCUCCCGGCUACUCUCACCUCACGUCUCUGCCAACUCCACUUUGACGGGUAGUGGGCUACAGAAUCCUUCUGGAAAGAUGGGCGAGCUCCAACAUCCCGCCGACACCCCCAAUGUCCCAUUUGCCCAACGCCCGAUCAUCAUUCUGGGUGCUGGCAUUAUUGGCUGUGCUACGGCUCGACAGCUCCUGCUGAAUGGAUUCCCAGUGAUCUUGGUCGCCGAAUACCUACCAGGAGAUCAAGACUUUCGGUAUGCAUCUGCCUGGGCCGGAGCAGCAUGGCACCCCGCGGGCGGGAUCAGUUCAGAAUGGCGAUAUCUGCAGGCCAUCAGCCAUCGCCACCUGCUGAAGAUGGCUCAGGAGGAGCCUGAGUCUGGAGUCAGUAUUGUUGAUGCCCUCGAGUAUGUCGAACGACCUCCUUCCGAGAACUCCUCGGCCUGGGGGAAGACCGUGGCUGCCAAGUGGUGUGACCUCCUACCGGGUGAAUAUCCUUCAGGGUUUAGCUGUGGAUGGUCGUACGAAACCCUCGUCACCGAUCCCACACUCCAUAUGCCAUAUCUCGGGAAGAAGAUCACCGCUCUGGGCGGCCAGUUCAUCCGGAAACGGGUGGAGUCCCUUGAGGAACUAUACCGCAUGUUCCCUGAGUCCAGCAUCUUCAUCAACGCCAGCGGGAUCGGGAGUAAGACCCUCAAGGACGUGCAGGAUGACAAAUGUUUCGCCGAGCGGGGCCAGAAUGUGUUCUACAAGACGGACAAUUGUCACACAAUGUACUUCCGAAACGGCCAAGAGUAUACCUACGUGAUCCCUCGCCCCAUGUCACACGGGGUUGUUCUUGGGGGGGUCAAACAAGCAGACGAUCUAUCACCCGAACCCGACAUGGAAAUUGCCCGAGAUGAGAUCGCACGCGCUCAUCGUCUGGCACCGGAAGUCGUUCCCGAGCAUCCCUCCGAAGAUGCGCUCAGCUACAUUGUUGGCAUCCGGCCGUCACGACAGGGUGGAUUCCGCCUGGACUCGGAGCAGCAGGGCAGCCGCAUCAUCCUGUCUGCGUACGGCUUCGGCGGAGGCGGGUAUGCCUUUUCGUAUGGCGUGGCAGAUGCCCUAGGAAAGAUGGUGGAAAAGGUCGAGCGAGAGAAUGUGAUUCUCUAACUGUUUCCAUCAGGGGAUCAUGGGAUCGGUGCUGGUCAUUGCCCGUGGAUGGGACAUUCGAGUAGAUGAUACCUAAUAGCAUACAUCUAGUAAUCAUAACUGAGAAGGAAUAUUAAGAACAGACCUUGA